AUGAGUCUCUUGACAAAUGUUAAACGACGGGUUUCUGGACUUCUGAAAUCAUCCCAAUCGGAAGUUGCGGAACCCAAGAUCUCGCCAGAAGAAAGGCCUGAUGAGCAAAAAUUAGAAGAGGCGAAGGAAGAGAACCCAAAACAGGAAUCUGUAUUCUCGGACGCCGUCUCAGAUUCAAUUGUUCCGGAAGAACCAACUCCAAGUAACCUCCGAGAUGACGUAUACAUCCAGAGUAGACGUAAGUUACUGUAGGUUUGAUUGGAGCUCUAAUUAAAGGGAGUUUUAAAAGAACCACGAAUGAGGCCCUCAGGUUAAGCACAAUAAUUGGAGAGGUUUCCCCGGACAAAGAUAUCCGGUAUUAUUCAUCUGUGUAUACGGCCAUCAAACUGCAAGAUAUCUUUCACAAGAUUGUCGUCCUUCUUCUGGGAUGUCUGGCAGGUGUUACAAUUUAUCAUACGGUGAUUGCCUUCUUCAUAAUUGUUGAUGAGAAGACGGUACUAGCAUAUCAACAAGUUGGGGCGCAUGUCCAGGCUGCAUGUUAUUUUAGUUUCUCUUUGUUUGUCAUCAGAUGUCUCGACAUGUAAGUUUUCACGUUGGAUUUUAAAUAUUAAUAUAUAAUAUGUAUAGCAUAAUUUAUAUUAGAAAAUCUUCAAAUUAAUUUAGGAUAGAAUCAGGAAAUGGAUUUAAAAACACCAUGAAAAAGUUGGUAUCGAUGCAAAAAGACAUCCUGGUUUUUAUCAUUGCCAUGAUUGGCUUUGUGUGCUCUACCUUGAUGACCAGAUACGAAGAAGAAAACAUAUUAAAAGAUAGGCAAUCUUUGAUGACUUGGAGAUGGUUGAGCGCUGGCCGAGCAGUUACAGCUCUGAUUGGAUGGCUAAUGAUCUCCCUUCAACGGGGAUCUGAUUGUACCCAACAACGGCUGAUUGCAAUUACGGUAUGUUUCUGGGACUCGUAUUUAAUUAUCUGCGAAUAGAGAGAAUACCAAGAAAAACAAGAGAAGAUGUUGGAGAGUAGUCAUGAAAGAGCACUAUCAUCACUCACCAACUCCCGCUUCGACCUCUCCCAAGACUUUGACAAUCCAACUCACAACGUUUAA